UAGCUGUUCGUAAACAGUGAAUGCAGUAUAAUCAAUCCAAAAAGAAAUUUACGACCUGGAUGAUGUCUAAUCCGCGGACGACGCGUAACAAUACGUUCGGUUCGCUGGGCGUCCGCAACGGUGACACCUACAACGUCAGCGAGAAUUGCCUAGCUAACCUCGAGGAGAUCCUAAGGAAAUUGGCAGUUGAAGAUCAGACGUUGCGUACUUUUCGCAGAGCGAUCGGUUUCGAGCAGAACAUCAGGAAGGAUCUCAUUCCGCUGCUGAUCAAUCUGAAAGAUGAUAGUGGAUGCGAUGCAAGAGAUGGAGGUGGUGAAGGAGUAGUCGUAGAUGGUAAAGAAGAAGGUGAAGGAGUUGUUGGAAAACACAUAUUAUAUGCAUGCAGCGGAAAGAAUGGGUACGCGACCAAGAUCAUCGAUACUGCGAUCAAAAUUCUAGUGGAUUUGACGGUGCCCGUGGAAUGCCUGUUGCCUGUGGAGGCGAUUUCGCGCACCGACAUCGGCAGACACACCAUCUUCGAGCUGAACCAUCUUCUGACAACAUCGAAGGAGGCUUUCACCGAUAGUCGCAGCACGAAAGCCGUCAUGGACCAUAUGAAGCAUGUUGUCGAAAAAGAGGCAGUCUGUCGUCUGAACGUUCAGCAAUGCGAAAGCAUCAAUAACUGUCUGCUGCUGUUCAGAAAUAUCCUGCACAUACCGAACACGACGAUGACGACAAGAAGAGAGCACCAACAGCAUCAUCAGCAGAUGCUACAAGGCGUCUCCAAUUGUUCGUUGUCGUGCAGGAGUAUGCAGAACGAGAUCAUCUGGAACCUGUUCACGCAGAGCAUCGACAAAAUUAUCAUUUACCUAAUGACCUGCCCACAGAAGAUGUACUGGGGUGUAACAAUGGUGCAACUCAUUGCCCUGAUGUAUAAGGAUCAGCACGUGGGUACUCUUCAGAAGCUAUUGAACUUAUGGUUGGAGGAUUCAUUAAGCGAGAGCAGCGAAGACAACGAAAGCAACACUUCACCGCCGGGCAAGGGAAGCGGGGACAGUUCGCCCGUGGUCACAUCUGAUCCUACGUCCGAUUCUAGCGACAAUGGGAACGCUGCCGCUGCUACUUCUGCUAUAGUCCACAGCCCGCAAAUCCGCUCCAAAGCUACCCUUCUGAUUAACAUGAAGCGGGUCAAGUCCACGGAGACGGAGAUCAGCACCAGCAGCGGAGUGUCAUCGAUGUUCACGACGGAUACCGGCCAGAGGGAGGAAAACAAACGGGAUCAGCUACACCAACAAUUUAAUCAGAAGAGAAAAUGCUCGCAGAGCGAGAUUUCGGACUGUGGUUACGCAACGCAAGUGGAGAACAGGGAAUCCGUCUAUACGACGUCCAGCAACGACGACGAUCAACCUCUCCAGAAAUCGAUGCAUCAAAAACCGCAUCACAGCUUACAGAAAAGUCGCUACAGCAAUCCGAAGAAUCGCGCAACAAUCGCGCUCGAUAGGAAGGAGCUGAGAAGGAAGAAGUUAGUCAAGCGCAGCAAAACCAAUAUUAUCAAUAUGAAAGGGCUUAUGCUUCACACGCCGACCGACGAGGACAUCUCAAACAUCUUAAAAGAGUUCACGGUCGAUUUCCUGCUAAAGGGCUAUGGUAACCUGGUACGCGACCUGCACGCUCAGCUCUUGGCGAACGUACGACAGAUGCCAAUCGAUACGUCGCACUUCUUCUGGCUGGUUACCUACUUCUUGAAGUUUGCCGCGCACCUGGAACUAGACCUGGAUCACGUCAGUCCAGUCCUUUCGUACGACAUCAUCUCGUACUUGACAUUUCAAGGUGUUUGGUUGUGCGAGGAGCUCGAGAUCGGCUGGGGAAUGCCGUUCGCUGACAUCGCCGUCGACCUGAAACCCUGCCUGAGACGUCUGCAUCUGGUGGUUACUGCUAUUCGUGAAUACCUGCAAGCAGUCGAAACGUACCAGAAGUCUUCUCACCUCACCAUCGAAGACCACUGCGCUCUGCAGAAACUGCAAGCGCAAAUAUCGCAAACCGGCGAUCUGAGACACCUUUUCCUGCUGCUGUUGCGCCAAUACAAGCCCAGCAUCCAGAGCAGACAAUAUCUGCAAGAUCUCAUUGUCACCAAUCACAUAUUCCUGCUUUUCCUGGACGGUAUCCGGGACAAGGAUAUCAACAUAAUGGAACACCUCAAACAGUUCGCCACCGUCGAGAUAAUGGGACAGUAUGGACUACUGUUAGAGGAGUUCAGGGAGAAUGGUGAGUUCGUGAACAAUUGCGUUUUCACUAUGAUGCACCACAUCGGCGGAGAUCUGCAGCACGUAUCUAAACUCUUCCAGCCCAACAUCCUAAAGACGUUCUCGCAGAUUUGGGAAACGGACUACGAGAUCUGUGAUGAUUGGUCCGACCUUAUCGAAUACGUGAUACAUAAAUUCAUUAAUACGCCUCGAGCUAAUUGCUGCCCGGGAUCGUCUUCUUCGACGUCUGCGGCUGCAGCAGUUGUUUCGACUUGGACUUCGAUUACGACAACAACAGCAGCAGCUGCGGCUGGACUAGUAGCAGGACUGCGGAGGGAAAAACCAACGGCUGAUAUAAACACGAUGUCAACUACAUGGACGCAUGAAGAUCGCAAAAACCUGGCGGUGUUCUACAAACGAUGCAUUGAUGGAGGAGACACGAUAGCCAGCAUCACUAAGAAAUUUCAAGAAAUCGCCACGAAAUCUAGGAGGAGUCAACAGGCCUUCGUCGAAGAGUUGCUGCAACAAGGGGUGAUCUCCCGAAGGCAAUUUGAUGAGUUUGUCAAGUACCAAACAACGGACAACGAUGAAGUCCACCACGAAGAAGUAAUUCCUCCACUGAUUAUCUCGGAUGAAGUUAACGAUCUUCACGAACUAGCAUCCAACGACAUCGGUAUACUUAAAGAACAUCUCUGCAAGGAAAAUAAGUCCAAACUCAUAAUCUGGCUUCAGAAUAUAACGAUGGAGGCGUGUUUCGCUAAACUGGCAUUGGCCAAUGGAAACAUUCACGGAUUUUUGGACGAUGCAAUUACGGAACCUUCCGCUCACCACUAUGCCCUGCUCCACCUACCAAUACCAGUUAUACCGUGGACGAGUGAGCAGAACAAUGCAUUGAAACAUCGACCGUUCGUUCUUCUCUUACACAAUCUCGGUUUCUACCUACCGGCGGAUACUGGAAAGAUCUUUGUUAGGAUUCCAGACUUCUGGACAGCUGACCACCUUUUCAGCGUUGCCCAACAGCUCGGCCCCAUCGAUUCAGACCAAAUCAAAUUCGACAUAGGUCUUUUGAAAGGACGACAAAAAAAUGCGGAAUGUUUCGACGAAAUGUGGGUUACACCAGAAGCAAAUAGCAACGGAAAUAAAUUUUCCACUUCAUCACUUCAUUAUCACGGACGUCAAACACCGUCGAUGGUCCGAUACACGCCCCUUCCUAAUUCGGCAGAGUGGAUUCGAACGGUGCUGGAGGAAAGCAAAAUCGUGGACGUCGACUGCGCACUCGGACGCUCCAACGAGCUGUCCAUCGCGAUCCCUCGAAUAGAAGAGAAGUCGUUGCCGAAUAACCUCACGCCUCCUGAUGUGCGGAUCGCCGAGAGAGCGGAACCAAUAGAUAUGGAAACCUCGCAGACAGAGGAAGAGGAUAAGGAGCUUCCUUUCACAAUGAACGAGGACACGUACGAGACGACAUCGGUCGCUUCCGACCUAACCCGAAUGUGCGUGAGCGAUGAAGAAGAGAAAAAUAUUUGAAUAUAAAAAGAACAAAGUAAA